CGGCCGGGGCUCGGCGAUGCCGGGGCCGGGCCCGGCGGCGGGGGGGCUGCGCUCCGCCAACACGCGCGAGCUGUCCGAGGUGGUCUUCAACAACCGCAGCCCCCGCUGCGUGCUGCCGAUCUGGGUGGACUUCGAGGGCAGGCCGCGCUCCUACCCCGUGCUGCGGCCGCGCACCGGGCGGGUCAUGCACAGCUACCGCGGGCACCUGUGGCUGUUCCGGGACGCGGGGACCAACGACGGGCUCCUCGUCAACCAGCAGGAGCUGUUCGUGGCCGCGCCCGACGUCAGCAAGGCGGACAUCACCCUGCCAGUGUUCACCCUGAAAGAGAGAUGUCUGCAGGUAGUUCGCAGCCUGGUCAAACCGGUGGACUACAGGAAACUGGACAUCGUUCGGUCGUUGUAUGAAGAUCUGGAAGAUCACCCAGAUAUUAAGAAGGAUCUUCAGCGGCUUGCUCUGGAGAGAAGCGAAACAUUAAGGAAUGAAAUUCUAGAAUAAAAUGGACAUUAUUCAUUCUAGACCAUUUAAACAGCAAACCACUGAGUUAAAGCAGGAGUAGUCACCGUGAAACAUGCCAAGAGCAAAUGCCCGUAUUUGAAGUUCUGAAACAAACUCAGACAAAUUGUAGAAAACUUGCUUUGAUGGUAAGUCAGAUUCAAAAGGCUAAACAGGAUGUAAAAGUAUGCCGGGUUUGUGAGGGUUCAGUUCUGCUCUUAGCUGAGCGCAUUGCAGACCCACGACUCUUGCGUGCACGAAGCUCAGAGAUGUUUCCUUUGGACUAUUUCAGAACAUUCCGUAGUGGCACAGGAUCAGGCUGUCUGUUCGGAGAAUAGGUGUGCAGUUCACCUUUCUCUGUAUUAGAAAGGAAGUUGCAUCAAGGAUUAAUUUAAUUCAGACUCUAAAAAGUGGCAGACCAACACCAGUUUUGCUUGAACACUUUGGUUUUGGUGGAAUUUCACCCUCUUGCACUUAGGUUAAGUUUGCCUUUGAAUCACAGAGCGUGGGGUGUGUUUAUGUGAGAGCUUCCACCAUCACCUUCGGAGGGCCUGACCGAAACUUCUGUGUUGGUGGAAAGAUGACGUGUAAACUCCUGGUUUUUAUUCUCUGCCUCUUACCUUUGUAAAGGUUUCCAUAAAACCCUGUUGUGUCAACUGAUGCUGACCAAUUUUUACACAGGAAAUGCCUCGAAUGCCUUAUUUGUCCUUCAUUCUUGAAUUCUUGCCUAGUUUAUCUCCCUAGGCGAUUGAACCUUGUCAGCCACAUAGACUGCAUCUUUGUAUUGGGACCCCUUUUUCUUCUGCACCACCGUACCUGCACCCACAGCUUCCCAUACGUGUACCAGGUAGCGUUCACAGAUGGUAGAUGCUUUGAGCCCGGCCUUUCCCCGUGGCAGGGCAAUUUGUGUCACAGCGAGAGGCCUUUUGGGGAGCGCGGGCCGUUCGGGUUGCUCGUGCCUCCCAGGGAGCAGCUGGCAGGCUGCAGCAGCUCACGCAGGCAUAUUGCUAGUUCCUCUCAAAGAGGUCUGUGCUUUUAUUGCAGCCUGGAUGAGUAGAUUAAAUGUUCCUUUGCCUGUAUUCUGUUCCCCCAGACCUCAAUUUUAAUGUGCAUUUGUGCAAGUAUGUGCCCGUAAUUCAAAGCAGCGUUGGUUUUAGCAGGUCCACAAGCUGCCCACAAAGCAGCAGAUGCAGGUGCUGUUCAACGUUCGGAGACGCAGACUGAUGAGAGAUCGUAGCAGGCCGUUUCUGUGGCCCAAGAUUCUUUUUAGUUACAUAUUCUAAAAAAUACAGUUGUGAAACUGACUGAGAAUAUCCAUGUAUUAUGUAAAUAUGAAAUGUCGCCCCUUCUUGUAGACUUUUUUCUUACUUAAGUGUAUGAACUGAUCUUUGUCAUAAAAUAGAAAUGCACAUUUACGUUUUGACUCUAA